UAAUCCAGGAAGUAAUGAAAAGAUAGUGUUUCAACCCUACUACAACUAUAGGUGUAGCAGUGACAGUAUACAGUGUUGUACCUUGGCAUUCAUUGUACUGAAUGUGAUUCUGUCCCUGUCUUGCAGUGAAGGUUAAAGGUUUUGCAAACAGAAAGCAAACAUAGCUCUUCAAACAAGCCUUUUCUUCCAAAGGUCUGGGGGGAAAAAACGCAGCCUGUUCUCGCGUUGCACUAAGCUGAAACACAAUAGUGUGGAAGUUGGUUUUCUUACUUUACUUUGGAUUCUUUUGUGACUUUUCUUACCAGUUGGACAUGAAAUCAUUCCAGGUCCUGCUUCUGCUUCUCCUGACUGCAGCAGCAAGUGACGGUCAGUCUUUCCAUAUUGGCCGGUGCCCCGAGCCUUCUGUUCAAGAGGACUUCAAUGUUACGAAGUAUAUGGGUACCUGGUAUGAAAUCGAGAGGCUCCCAGCUAUAUUUCAGAAAGGAAAAUGUGCCCAAGCCACAUACACUCUCCUCCCUGAUGGGACAGUCAAGGUUUACAAUGAAGAGAUUCUCUCUAAUGGGAAGAUAAACUCAAUUGAAGGAGUUGCCAAAAUUAAAAACGCAUCUCAACCUGCUAUUCUCGGCGUCAGCUUCUUUAAAGGUGUUCCAGAUGGUCCGUACUGGGUGCUCUCCACAGAUUACCAGUCGCAUGCUUUGGUGUACUCCUGCUCUGACUACCUUCGUCUUUUUCACAUCGACUUUGCCUGGAUCCUGUCUCGCACUCGUGAGCUGUCUCAGGACAUCAUUAGCCAGUUACAUGAUAAGCUGACUGCUGCUGGUGUAAACAUAAACCGCCUUAUUGUCACCAACCAGACCAGUUGUGAAGGUCUUGAUCAGUAAUCGGAGCUGAUUACCUGCUUGAACUGUUCAAGAAACAUGCAUGCAGAUAAUUGCUUUCUGUUUGUGUUUAAUCCAACAGUGUGUAACAAUAUCACAGUGAUAAAUAAAAGUGGGUUGUUACCCUGCUCUAAAACA